GGCUCGGCCUUGCGGCCGUCGGGCAGCCCACCCCCAAGGGCCUCGCCAACGAGCAGCUCCUCGCCGCGAUCGCGGCCGAGGAUGGGUUGUACGACGAUGCGUUCUCGCAGGACGAGUCAAACGUCGGUGACGCGGACGCGCUCUCGCUCUUGCAGAAGGAGGGGGUCUACCUGUACCGGAAGGCGCCGUCGGCCGCGGAGGUGCCCGUGCAGCGUGCGAGGGUGCAGUACUACGGCGAGGAUGAGCUCUCCGUGCGCGAGCAGGAGGGAUCGCACCUGGAGGUCUGGGAGGACGACGUCGCCUUCGUCCAGACGGGCGCCCAAGUCCUCCGGCCCGGGCCCGCGGGCGCGGCCCCGUCGGCCUUCGCGGUGGACGCCGUCGGGGAGGUCACCCACGCCGCGGCGCGCGCGGCGCCAGUGUCGGGUGGCGCGUCGGGCGUCACGCAUCUCCGUUUCGGCGGAGGGGCACACGGUGGUGGAGCUGUGAGCUGGCAGGUCGGGGAGCAGGAGAAGUGGCACGAGCACGGGCUCGCGGAGGUCCGGUGGGGAGGAGGGAUAUGAGCUGAGUGGGGUGAGCAGCCGGCUGCCGCGGACUGCCCUUCCUCCUGGUGCUCACUUGCGCUUAAGUCAGGUCUC